AUGACGACAACAACUACCGAGCCUAUUGUGAUCAAUACACUGUUCCGCACAGAGCUUGCUCCGGGUACGAACUACGCACAACGUCAUUCGACACAGCUCGACAAGGCUGUGGAAGUUGACGUGAUCCGUGCUGAGCUUGAGGAAAAGCAGUUCCGCGUGAACCUGACGGUUAUCGACACGCCAGGGUUUGGUGACUAUGUAAACAACCGCGACUGUUGGGCACCACUCGUGGACUUUAUUGACGAUCAAUACGAGUCGUAUAUGAGACAGGAGCAGCAGCCAGAGCGGAAACAAUUGCAUGACCAGCGCGUGCAUGCAUGCUUGUACUUCAUUGCCCCCACUGGCCACACACUCAAGCCUCUUGACAUUGAGGUCAUGAAGCGCCUGUCGCAGCGAGUCAACUUGAUUCCAGUCGUGGCCAAGGCUGACACGCUUACACCACGGGACUUGGCCCUUUUCAAGGAACGUAUUCGCGAUGUGAUUCGGACGCAUGGCAUUACUGUAUUUGCGCCACCUGUCGACUCGAUCGACGAGGCUAGCGCCGAGCAUGCGCGUGCGCUCAUGUCAUCGAUGCCUUUCAGCAUCAUCGGCAGCACAAAAGAUGUUCGCACGUACGACGGCCGAAUGGUGCGUGGUCGUGAGUACCUGUGGGGUGUGGCCGAGGUGGAAAAUGAACACCACUGUGACUUUAAGAAGCUACGUUCGCUCCUGAUUCGCACGCAUAUGCUCGACUUGAUUAUGAACACGGAAGACUACCAUUAUGAAAAUUACCGUCAGACACAAAUGGAGACUCGCAAGUAUGGCGAGCCAAAGGUGAAGAAGUUUGACAACCCGCGGUUCAAGGAAGAAGAGGAAGCCUUGCGCCGCAAGUUUACUGACCAGGUCAAGCUUGAGGAGGGCCGGUUCCGUCAAUGGGAGCAGCACCUGAUUGCUGAGCGUGACCGUCUGAACAAGGACCUCGAGACAGCUCAUGGUGCGAUCAAGCAACUUGAAUCAGAGAUUGAGAGCUUGCAAAUGGCUUCGCGCACGCAGAGGAGGUAA